GGCGAUACAAUACAAUUUCGUCGCAUUUGGUGCAUUCACGAGGAUUUUUCGUUAAAGAUAUUGAUAAAUCUUUUGUAAAAUGUUCCAGAAUAUUGCAUCUUGUAGAACAAGUUUAAAGGGAGCUGCAAGGUCGAUACAAUCAACAAGGUGUUUAAGAAAUGGCUCGAGAGAACGUUUGCUGUCGUGUACAUUUCAUCCAACAUCUGCAGAUUUAUUCAAUGCAAAAAUGCAGUCGAUUCGACUAUAUUCGAAUCCGGCGCGGCGGCCCAGCUUUAUAUCUCAAUUUGUUGAGAAUAUUAGACAGGAGAUGCAAAAGAACAAAGAAAUGAAAGAGUCUUUAAAAAAGUUUAGAGAAGAAGCUCAGAAAUUGGAACAAUCAGAAGCAUUACGAACAGCGCGGCAGAAAUUUCAAGCUGUGGAAUCUGAAGCUAGCAAAAGUUCCGAAGUUAUUAAAGAAAAGCUAGAUACACUUAAAGAAAAGGUACAAGAAGUUAUCGAGGAAGCAGGUAAGACUGAACUUGGCAAACGCGCUGGUCAAUUAGGUGAAGAGAUUACGAAAUCAGCCAAAGGCGCGGCGGAGACAAUUUCCGAGAAAAGCCAAGCACUUGGUAAGACAGGUGCCUUUCAAACGAUAACGCACACAGCAGAGGCCGUACGGAAUGAACUUGACGAACAUGGAAUUCUAGGCAAAGUUUACGUUGCGCCUAAAAAACUACGAAAAAGGAAGGAAGUGCCAAUAGAGACUAAAGAAAUCAUGCCUGACCAGAAAUCGACAGGUGUGGAGAUACACAAGGAUUUCAUGUUUUCCGCCGCCUGGGAGAAAUUUAAGGACAAUAAUCCAUACGUGAAUAAGGUGAUGGACUGGAAGAUGAAAUACGACGAGUCAGACAAUGCCGUGCUGCGCGCUUCUAGAUUGCUCACGGAUAAGGUUUCGGAUAUUAUAGGCGGAUUGUUUCAAAAGACUGAGCUGUCGGAAACUCUGACGGAGAUUUGUAAUCUGGAUCCUAGUUUCAGUAAAAUACAAUUUUUGAAAGAUUGCGAGACCGACUUCAUCCCGAAUAUCCUCGAGGCGAUGGUUAGAGGCGACCUUGAAGUUCUGAAGGACUGGUGUCACGAAGGGCCUUACAAUUUAAUCGCACAGCCGCACAAACAACUGAAAAAGCUAGGACAUUAUUCAGAUAGUAAAAUUCUAGACAUCGACAAUGUGGAUCUGAUGAUGGGCAAGAUGAUGGACCAAGGUCCGGUUUUAAUCAUCAGUUUUCAAUCUCAACAAAUCAUGUGUGUGAGAAACUCGAAGAAUGAGGUGGUCGAGGGCGAUCCUCAGAAAGUGAUGCGCGUCAAUUACGUCUGGGUGCUGUGUCGCGAUCGGACGGAACUCAAUUCUAAGGCCGCGUGGCGCUUACUCGAUCUUAGUGCCAGCAGUUCGGAGCAGCUAGUAUAGUGCGCGAGUGAAGAGGAGAAACUGAAAAACUGAACUACGUAAAAAUUUUAGUAAACCAAGUGGGAUCGUCGCAUAGUGGAAUCAUUCAUGCAUAUUACUACUAUCAUUUGCAUCACCAAAACCAAGACCGAAUGUGAUAAGAAUUCUUUAACGAUUGUUGAGUGAUCUUCAUCCACGACAACAUGCAUAGUGCGCAGCAUAUUUCCUGUAAAUCGGAGUGUUUAUGUACAAAAUUCUAGCAAAGCAAUGUAAAUUUAAUUGUGCGUGACGUAAGUACAUAUAUAUAUAUAUAUAUAUAUAUAUGCUGAUUAAGUUGUCAUUUAUGAAGUAAUAUAUGUUUGCAAAGUCACAUUGUCAUAUAUACUGGUAUAUACUGUAUAUACUGUGUCACAUAUAUUGUAUAUACUAGUGAUUUGCGAUUGGAGUACGAUAUAAAAUUUGCCAUUAUUUAAAAGUAGUUCAUAAUUAGAGUAAUUAUACUCAUUUGUCAACGAAAGUUGAAAAAUAAUAAUUACUGAAUUCUGUUUUACCAAUUUAACAUUUACAAAAUUUUCGUAGAUUUUCUUAUCUUUGUAUAUACAUACUUUAAAUUUAGAACAUUGAUAUAAAGGAAAAAGAUAUGCAAUUCAUAAAUAUUAAUUUUUAUACAUACGCAUACUCACAGAUGGAUCUCGUUCGCUAUUUUGGUUUACAUCUGAUUUUCUCAUUCAUAUUUUUUUUGAAACUUAAUAAAAAAAUUGUAGAUAUUAAUGGUGAAUUUUAAAAGAUAAAAUGUUCUUUUUUGAACGUAUAUGAAAUACUGAAAUUCUAUGCAUUAGGGAACGAGUGGAUUCACACAGUGAACAUAUUUAAUACAUUAUAUGAAAAUAUAAUAUAUCCAGAUAGAUACCCAUCUGUUAAUAUGAAGUUAUACAUGUAUAAAUGUACAUAUGUACAAGCUGAUGUUUACAACUGAUUAUAAUGUACAGUCAUGAAAUUGUUAAGAGAACUGUUGAUUAUUUUUUAAAGAUUAUAUUAUAUGAGUUCAGCUCAGAUCAGUUUGAAACAGAAUUAAAACAGAAUAAAAUGAUAUCAGGCGAAUCAUGAA